AUGACCUUACCCGCAUUAACCAUAUCUAGGACAUUACCUACUUUGAAUCACAUUCUGUCAGAGCUCAUCUCAGCCACCAAGCCAUCAAACAUACAUACAUCAGCGAAGAUGCCACCUAACAUUCGCUUUCUGACCGUGUCCCAAGUGAAGCGCCUUCAUGCAACAAUCAUUUCUCCCAACACAGUCCCAACCCAACCAGACCUGCUCGAGUCCGCAGUCCACUCGCCCAUGAACCUGAAUCACUACGCUGGCCAAGAAGACAUCUUCCAACUCGCCGCGAACCUCUCUGAGAAAAUCAUGAGAAACCACGCCUACCAGGACGGGAACAAGCGCACCGCUCUCGUGGCCGCUGACAUGUUCCUGAAAAUCAACGGACAUCAUCUGCAAGGCGGUUUACGUGGAGAAAGCAGCGGCCUCGCAGAAGCCCAGGUUGCCCUCGUUACUAAUCAGAUGAGCACAGAAGACCUAGGCAAAUACUACAAGGCUGUCAGACGCCACUUCCACCAGGUCACAGGAGACUUCACCGACUACGACGCGAAAGGUGUUCCGACCACCGCCAAAGUGCCCAUUAUCGUCGGCGAGCCAGGCCAAACAUAUGUGCUGGUCCCCACGGAUAUCGGAAGAGCGUUCCAUACGGCAUCUCUUGCGUUGAACGAACCGACGACGGGAACUACUUCCUCUGGGGCCACGGAUGAGACGUGCAAGGCUACUUUUUUCCAUGACUCACAGCAUUUCGGAGUUGGAGGGUCAUCGAAGUAUCCCCAGCUCCGCAUACCCAUGAAUCUUCCGCGGCAGACAGACUCGAAUACAAGUUCUGCAACUAUAUAUCUGAAUGGAAAGAUGCAUAAUAUGGUUUUGGAUGGGACUGCUGAUGCGGGAUUUGCGCGGAUGGCUAAUGACACUGCGCGAACUUUACAUGAUGACCUUGAGAAGUUGAAGGACAUGUAA